GCGAAACAAACGUUCUUAAUAUUAGGUUCAUUUUCAAGCAGACUGGAGCAAACGAAGAAACAAUGACGGAACAACAUGAAGAAAAGCGCUACGAUCCUAAUGACACCACACUCAAGUUUGUAUCGCGCCAGGAUGAUAUAACUCUGGAUGAUGACCCUGAAAUUCUUCGAGCUGAGAUGUCAUGUGGUCAUGCAGUUACUCCACAGUCACUUACUGCAUGGUGUCGUAGUCUACUUGACCAGGGGCAGUACAAGUUCAUGUGCCCUGCACUUAAAGAUGGAACAACACAGAAGUGCAACGCAGAGUGGCAAUAUGUGGAGGUGCGGCGGUUGGCUGUACUGACACAAGAAGAACAGAGGCAUUUUGAAGAAGCCAUGGCUGUUCUGGCUGCAGCCGUGUACUGUGAACACAAAACAUGCCCUGGAUGUCAGACAUUCGUCGAGAGAGCCGAACUAACCAACCUCUGUGUCAUGUGCACUAUUUGCACAGCUGAAAAGGGUAAAACAUUUCAUUUCUGCUGGCAGUGCAGGAGGGAAUGGAAAGGUCCAGGACCUCGUUCUGACCGCUGCGACAACAUCGGCUGUAUCAACACUGACGUUGACAAGUUGUCCAAAUGUUGUGAUAUAACACUACCUGCUGUUAAUAAUUUGAGUUGCCCAUCCAUGCGAGCUUGCCCUACUUGUGGCAAUCUUGUGGAGCAUGACACGACAGGAUGCAAGAAUAUCAUAUGCAAUCGCUGCAAUGUUGAAUUCUGUUUUGUCUGCCUGAAAAUCACUAAGGUGUGCUUACAAACAAGUUCACACUUUAUUCCAUGUUCUGGCGGGCUUGCACCACGACAGACCUCUAUUCCAUCUUGGAAUAGACGAUAACUCGCCGUAAGAAAUGUUUUAAAACAAAAUAGGCUACAUUUAAAUUUUCCAUUAUUGCCUUAGUAUUAACAUGAGCUGUGAUUUCAUGUGGGAACAUUAAGUUUUGUCUACAGUCCCAUCCUCUUAUUAUUUUUUGACCGUUUUAUUUGGUCUAAUACUCUAAAUAAAACAUAAAAACAAAAUAAAUGUGAAU